CAGAUGGCGGAUGCUCAGCGAACCUCCGAACCCGUCAACUUUGUGCACCAAGACGAAAUCUGGAAGGCACAUUUAAAAGUUGAGAAGGAAUCGGCCAAAGUCUGGCCCAACAAGUGGGGCUUCCUGACCGAGGUCUACAUGGAGUGCGAGAGGGAAAGCGUGAAGCUGAAGGAGGUCAGAGCGAAGCCUCCACAUCACCAGCCGGCAGCACGACCUCUGACCCCGGAGGAAAACAUCCACCUCGGACCUCCUCCUCCAGUCCCUCAGACCUCCCAGGCUGUGAUUGGUUGGCGUUCAGGCUACUCGCCUCUUCUGCUGGAGAAGUUUGCCCCGGUGCAUCAUGGGAGACGUAGUUUCAUGAAGGAGCUGGGCUGGCCUUUCGGAUCUUGUAGCUGAGUGGAAACCCCGGAGCUCUACAGCAUUGAAUAAAGACACUAAUUAGAUCAAU